GGACACGUAACGUUAACUUACUCACACCAAGCUUGUAAUAAAACGGUUGGCUCAGCACUUCGUGUAACGUUACACCCGGACGGUGCUCUCGAGGGCUGGGCGCGACCUAGCUGAACGAAGUGGAGCACGCCAGGGGGACACAAUGUAGCAUACCCGUUAGCUCGUUAGCUCUGGAGGCCAUAAGCUAACUUUAGACGCAAAAUCUUCCGCGUGGGUACAGGAAGUCUUGAGUCUCGAGACCCACUAAUAGCUGCGGUUGUGCUUGUGUGCUAUUUCCAUUUGUUGCUAAAUGAAGCGUUACCCGUUAACCGUUGGUAGUGAUGAGCCUGAGCUAACCCAGUGUGGUGUUACUCUCGUUAGCAUCAUCACAGUCGAUGAGGACGGAGGCCCUCUAACGUUAUCUCUGCACUGAUGCUGGUCUGCGGAUCCCCCGGAGCUUCACCACGAGAGGACCACCUGCUGUGCCCGGUUGUUUUAUUGUUUACAUUUCUGUCACCAGCGGGAGGUUUUUGCUCAAAUAGCAAACAUCUGCAAAAAAAGGACCUAACUUUAUUGACUUCACGUUCCCUUUCCUGGAAUUGAAUUCAACUUGAGUUUCAGGAACCGAUUGAUGGUGAAGAUGAUGAAAUUCGUUAAUAUUGCCCAAGAGGGCAACAACGUCCAGAUGCUCACUUCUACCUGUAUUGAUUCUCUGUUCAAUGCUAGGAGCUCCAUCCCCUAGUCUUCUUGAUGAAGGCCUUUUUCUGACAAAAGAUCAGGGCCACUUGGGGCCAGAAGGUGAAGUGCUGUAGCUCCUUUGCCAUCUGAUUUCAAACAGUUUGAUAGAAACGUCAAGAUGGAGCUCUUCUUCAACCCUUUCGACAACUUGGUGUGUAUCCUGCUGGGCAUCUCCUUCACCGUGUGGUUCACCCUGCUGUUGGUCUUCAUUAUCGUGCCGGCCAUCUUUGGGGUGUCCUUUGGCAUCCGACGUCUCUACAUGAAAACCUUAUUAAAGCUCUUUGAGUGGGCCACACUAAGGAUAGAGAGAGGAGCAAAAGAAAAUAAUCACCACUUGUACAAACCCUACUCCAAUGCCAUCAUUGCCAAGGAGCCCACCUCCUUGGAGCAGGAGAUCAAGGAGAUCCGGCGGAGCGGCAGCAACAGAGACCUGAACUCGGCCCCCGAGUUUGAGAUGUCCGACAUCUUCUAUUUCGCUCGGCGAGGAGUGGCGAGCAUCAUGGACGACGAGGUGACCAAGCGGUUCUCCGCUGAGGAGUUGGAGUCCUGGAACCUGCUGACCCGCAGCAACAACAACUUCCACUACAUCAGCCUGAGGCUGACCGUCCUCUGGGGGCUGGGCCUGCUGAUCCGCUACGGCUUCCUGUUGCCUCUCAGGGUAACUCUUGCCUUCACUGGUGUCGGCCUCCUUGUGUUCCUCACCUGUGUUAUUGGGCUGCUGCCGAAUGGAAGGUUAAAAAACUUUCUCAGUCAGAAAGUCCAUUUGAUGUGCUACAGAAUCUGUGUCAGAGCUCUCACUGCCAUUAUAACCUACCAUGACAGCGAGAACAAACCCAAGAACGGAGGCAUGUGUGUCGCCAACCACACCUCGCCUAUUGAUGUCAUCAUCCUGGCCAGCGAUGGCUGCUAUGCUAUGGUUGGCCAAAUUCACGGUGGCUUGAUGGGGAUCAUUCAGAGAUCCAUGGUGAAGGCCUGCCCACACAUUUGGUUUGAACGCUCAGAAGUCAAAGACAGACAUCUAGUGGCCAAAAGAUUGAGUGACCAUGUAGAAGAUAAAUCUAAACUGCCCAUUCUCAUUUUCCCAGAAGGUACCUGCAUUAACAACACAUCAGUUAUGAUGUUUAAGAAGGGCAGCUUUGAGAUCGGUGCCACAGUCUACCCUGUGGCCAUUAAGUACGACCCUCGAUUUGGAGACGCCUUCUGGAAUAGCAGCAAGUUUGGGAUGGUGAACUACCUGUUGCGUAUGAUGAGCAGCUGGGCCAUCGUCUGCAGUGUGUGGUACCUUCCCCCCAUGUCUAGAGAGGAGGGUGAGGAUGCUGUACAGUUUGCUAAUCGUGUAAAGGCAGCCAUAGCCAGGCAAGGCGGACUGGUCGACCUCCUGUGGGAUGGAGGAUUGAAGCGAGGAAAGGUAAAAGAUACCUUCAAAGAAGAGCAGCAGAAGCUGUACAGUAAAAUGCUGGUGGGCACCCAAGAGGACCGCAGUCGCUCCUGAAGGACCUGUGUGGAGGUGGACUGGACCAGAGACCCACUUGGGCACCUCUGACUAAAUGGGCAGUCAGCAGUGCUCCCUCUCUAUAGGAGCUCUUGGACUGGAAAAUCUCCCUCUCUGAUGUCAACAGUACUCCUUUCGGCUUCCUCGGUCACUGCCUCAGCCAGGCUUGUUCAGUUUGCGUCGUUGUUACGGGUCAUUCUGAGUCCGCUUCCCUUUGUGGGAAUAGCUCCACUGAAGCCCAUGCUUGCGUUAGAAUGAAAGUAAGGUGCGCACAGAGAAGGAGCGUUGUCUUCCUUGUAAGCAGUCUUUUGUGGGAAAACUUGUAUUGUUAUCUAUCAUUGAGUUACUGUCUUUGUUUGGUAUUUUCAGCUUUUUCAUUUUCAUUUAACUGUCAUGUUUGUGUCACACAAUGUUAGAGCUGAUUAUACUUGGGACUUAGAAGAGAGUUAUUGUAGAUCAGAACUAGUUUGUUCUAAAGCUAAAACCUGUGACUGAGUUGGGGUUUUGCAUGACUGGGUUGUGCCCAUGAUUUGGGGCACAAUGCCAGAUUUUGUUACAUUACAGAUAUUUUUAUGGGCUUUUUCCAAGAGAAAAAAACUUGUAUUUUAAGCUUUGUGUUUUACAUUAAGACUUGUAUCUAAAUAUGUGGUCACUGUAGGAGUUUCAGAUGGGCUCUUCAUACGUUUUAUGUUUCUGUGUUUCUUCCAAGGAAUGUGUGAACCCCUCACAUUAUGAAAUGGAAACGGUGCACCCACAGUUACUCGGAUGGAGGUUUGUGUAUUGAGGCAGAUAUUCCUCCAUGUUAAAGCUAAUCAUGAAGCAUAACUGAAGCAAAAACGGUUUAAAGUGCAUUCAGUACGAAUGUACUCGGGAUGCUUUUAGCAUUACCUUUAAUUAGCUGAUACACACUCGUACUAAUACACUUCAUAACAGCCAUCGUGUUCUACAUUGGCUUCCUGCUAAUGAAGUGACCAUCUUGCCUAAUUUAUUUUUAAGCCAACUCUAAAAGCUAUUGUCUUUAUCCCCCCCCCCCCCUUACAUCAGUGAUCUUACUCCCAUCCGGCAGCCUUUUCAAGGAGAGUGCUUCUGUACAGUAGUCUGGACUCCCCAUCCGGCUGGAGAUGAGGUUUCUCCCUCGUCCCUCUAGUGUACCGUUAUCAGGAAGAGUCAUUUGGAUUGUGUCAAAUCUGUUCAUCAAAAUAAAUGUUCAAGAAUGUGACUCGA